AUGGAGCGGCCCAAACUGGACCAAGCAAACAGGCGGGGCGGGCUGGAGCUGCUCCUGGAGAACUCCACCAAGGUGCACAAGGUGGAGGUCACCACGCCCAAGGACGGCCAAGGCAAGGUGGUGGAGGUCACCACGCCCAAGGAUGGCCAAGGCAAGGUGACGAUGAAGUUGUUGCUCUCUUGGGUCAAGGACAAUCUGAUCAAGGAGCGGCCGGAGAUGUUCGUCAAGGGCGAUUCCGUGAGGCCUGGGGUUCUUGUCCUUAUAAAUGACUGUGAUUGGGAGCUGUGUGGUGGCCUUGAUGCAGAGUUGGAAGAGAAGGAUGUUGUUGUUUUCAUCUCCACUUUGCAUGGUGGUUAG